AUGUCCGACCCCCCCCGUGAAUCGUCACCGGCCCUGCCCCUCGGCUCGAGGAUCGUCAUCACCGGCGCCAACGGCUUCAUCGCGAGCCACAUCGCCGACCAGCUCCUCGCCCGCGGCUACCUCGUCCGCGGCACCGUCCGCGACCCCAGCAAGACCCGCUGGCUCGCCGACCACUUUGACAAGACCUAUGGCGUCGGGAGCUUCACCCUCCACGAGGUCGCCGAGAUCACUCAGGACGGCGCGUUUGACGACGUCGUCGAUGGUGCCGACGGCAUAAUCCACACCCUCGCCAUCACUUCCCUCUCCCCGGACCCCGCGCACUCCGUCCCCCAGAACGUGUCCGCGACCCUCUCUGUCCUCCGCUCCGCCGCCCGCUCCCCCACCAUCAGACGCUUCGUCUACACCUCCUCCUCCGGCGCCGCCGCCAUGCCCAGGCCCGGCGUGCCCUAUACCGUCGACCCCGACACGUACAACCACCAGGCCGUCGAGAUCGCGUAUUCCGGAAAGGGCCCCGGCGGCAUGGCCGGCGGCUACAUCGCCUACUCGGCCGCCAAGACCAAGGCUGAGUUGGAGCUCUGGAGGUGGUAUCGCGAGAAUAAGCCCGGAUUUGUGUUGAAUUCAAUCGUCCCCAACGCCGCCUUAGGCAAGGUCCUCCUCCCCGGACACCAAGGCUUCCCAACCGUCGUCGGCGUCCUGAAGAACCUCUGGGACGGGAAGUUGACGCCCGAGUUCGCCGCCAUGUUCCCGGCUCAAUGGUUCUGCGACGUCGUCGACAUUGCCAGAAUCCACAUCGCAGCCCUCCUUUUCCCUGAUGUCCAGUCCGAGCGUCUCAUCGCCUACGCCGAUCGCUUCAACAUCAACGACCUUCUCGCCGUCUUCCGCGAGGUGCAGCCCGACCGGAGCUUCCCUGACGACCUGCCUGACCUCGCCUCCGACAAGGGCAUUGUUGCCAACGAGAGGGCCACCGAGCUGAUGAGGCGUCUACAGGGCGGCAAGGGCUGGACAAGCCUGCGAGAUUGCAUCGCGCCACUGGCUGGGCAGUAUGCUGCCGCAGAAGCUGGCUCCAAGUAA